GUGAGUACUCGCACAUUCGUGAGCUAUUAAGCUCAUACAUCUCCAAGACGCAGCGGGUAUUGAUCGCUGGUACGGGCACAAGUCGAUUGCCAGCAGAAAUGGCACUGGAUGGCUACGCUGAUGUGGUGGCAGUGGACUAUGCAGCGAAUGUGAUUCAGAAAAUGCAGACUCGCUCAACGGAGAAUAACUGGGGCGUUAGCUUUGUAGAAGCAGAUCUGACUCAGAUGACGGACUGGGAGUCGAACUCUGUGGACUGUGUGAUCGACAAGGGGUGUCUGGAUGCGAUGCUACUCAAGCGUGAGACGGACGCGGUUGAUACCAAUUGGAAGCUCGUGACACCAGAUUCAUCGGAUGAUCUGAGUGACGCCAGGAGCAGCAUGCAGCAGCUGGCGCGUAUCUUGAAACCCGACGGGUUGCUCUUCUUCCUGACGUUCGGUAGUCCCAGCAACCGAGUGAACAUGUUCGACUGGGUGUCGUCAGAUAGUGAAGACAGUAUGGAAUGGGAGAUCCUGCAGUGUCUAGAGAUGUCUCCGACGAGCGCUCAGCACUCGUUUGUCACUCGCUUCUACCUGUUUGUAGCAAGGAAGAAGCUCAAAUAAGCUGUUAAUGCCCACCUUGUAUCAAUAGAUCGGAUGCAGGAUGCUUUCUAGCUUUAUUCGAGUUCAAAACGGUACCUUCAUACUCACUUACUCUUCGUCUUUCAUGAGAG